AUGGCGGGCUACAAGGACAAAGACGGCGGCGUGGUGCUGUCCUUCAACGGCAGCUGGGUUGCCUGGUCCCACACAGCCGUCGCUUACACCGCCUUCCUCUCCGCCCUCGUCAUCGGGUCGAUGCUUCAUUACCACAAAAUUGUGAAGAACGAGUGGUUUGGAUAUCCCGACGAGUGGUUCCCCUCCGUGUCUGCGACGAUUGGUGAUCGAUACCCCGAACGAUCGCUCUUCCAGCUCUUCAUCGCCAUCACUUCAGGUCCACGAUUCGCACUUGUCGGACUAUGGUAUAUCCUCACGCGCAAACCCGGCCAUGCCCUGCCCAAAUUUGUUGGCGCGAUGGGCCUCUUUAGGACGUUUACCUGCGGUGGCUGGACGUACAUCACCUCGACCGACGACCACGAUUGGCACGACAUCUUCAUGAUUGCUUACCUCGUGGCUACUUUGCCGUGGACACUGGGUUGCAUCGCGCUGAGCCCGCCUAACCCGAAGGCGAUCAAGUACCGAAAGUACAUUGCUUCGGCCUUUUUCGGCACCCUGGUCCCCAUGGUGUACUUUUUCCUCCAGCACAAGAUUCACCGCGUCCCAGGAGCUUACACCGUCUACGCCUUUUUCGAAUGGUCCUUGAUCCUCUUCGACGUUGCCUUCGAUGCAGUCACCGCUCUCGAUUUCUCGACAUUUGAGGUAGUGGUGAAGGACGUCAAGGGCGCCACUUCGGGGAAGGAGUUGCCAUUAGGCAAUGUCCUAUCGCUUCGAUUUACUUGGGCGGAAGCCUUUGAUACCGCCGCCGAAGUCUACCAUGGGUAUGUCUUCUGGUCCAUUGUGACGAGCCUGGGCGUUACUGUUUGGUACUUCCCGCUCUGGCACAUGGGCAUUUCCGGCUACGAAGCCUUGAUCAUGACGACGACGGCCCCGCUCCUUCUCGCGAUCAAGCCCCUCCGACCGGCGUUGCUCCACAACCAGCGGGCCUUGCACCUGGCAUCGCUCGCCGGUAUUGCCGCCUAUCUCGUCGAAACCCCCGAGAUCCGCCUCUUCACCGUCGGUUUCGGAGUAUCCAUGUCGUGCCUCUCGUGGGCGACAACCCUGUACGCCGAAUCGAUCCAUGAGGGAAGGCUCGAGUCCAAGAUUCUGGGCCUGAUUGUGGGCCUGAUCCUCUCGUCCACGAUGAAAUUUGCUUGGUGGACCAACAACCCCAUCUGGCCCAUCAUGCACGCGGCCAACGGCGGGUGGAACGGAACCGGCCUCGUUCUCGGAAUUUUGGCGGCGCUGAGAUUUACGCGCAAGGCGCCAUUGACUUCGGGAGAGGCUCCGGGCUACCCGAUCCGUGGACCUUAUUCCGCCACUCACGGUUGGUGCACGGUGGCUGCGAUGAGUGCCGGUCUCCUCGUUGGCCUGUACAGGCCUGGACUUGUGACCAGCUGGACUGCGUACGCUGCGGGCUGCGCUGGCGCGGCUAUCUUGACGCUCUACCCCAACUGGCUCGGCUACUAUGGCGCUCUCACGACCGCCACGUACCUUACUUCUGUCUGCAUCCCCUUUGUUACCAACGCGGCGCGGCAGAACCCGGUGGUCACCUUUGGUGUCGGUUUUCUCAUCUACAACUUUGUGGUGCUCUUCCACGUGUGGGUUGUCGCCUACGCCUUUGUGCCUGGCGGUCCCCUCGUCCGUGAGCGGACGGAUUGGGUCAUGCUGACCUUGAUGGGCCUGAUCGGGUGCGGCGUAUACGACAUUAACGAGCAGCAGGGCUCCAGCAGGCGACCUGCGAGGAGGCAGUCGUCCUCUCAGUACAAGAAGUACCACGCGGCGGCGGCGGGGCUGGUCAACAUUCUUUUCUUGUGCGCGACGGUCAGACGCGUGCCAUCGAACGACUACACGCCCUACCACCCCGAAGAGCGCCUCAUCACCGCGGGUAUCUGGACCAUCCACUUUUCGCUCGACAACGACAUGUGGUCGUCCGAGUACCGCAUGCGCGACCUCAUCAAGGAGCUGGAGGUGGACGUCGUGGGCCUGCUGGAGUCGGAUCUCCAGCGCAUCAUCAUGGGCAACCGCGACACGACCCAGUUCCUGGCCGAGGAUCUGGGUAUGUACGUCGACUACGGCCCGGGUCCUAACAAGCACACGUGGGGCGCGGCGCUUCUCAGCAAGUUCCCUAUCCUCAACUCGACGCACCACCUCCUCCCCAGCCCAGUUGGCGAGCUGGCGCCCGCGAUUCACGCGACGCUAGACGUGUACGGACGAUUGGUGGACGUUUUUGUUUUCCACUCCGGACAGGAGGAGGAUGUGGAGGACAGGAGGCUACAGAGCGAAUACAUGUCGAAGCUGAUGGGGUCCACCGACCGCCCGGCGUUCCUCCUAUCUUACCUGGUGACGAAACCGCUCAAGGGCAACUACAACAAGUACGUUUCGGCCGAGUCUGGCAUGCACGACGUGGACCCGACGGACUGGGACCGAUGGUGCGAGUACAUCCUAUUCAAGGGCCUACAAAGAGUAGGAUACGCACGCGUGAGCCGCAGCACGAUCACGGACACGGAACUGCAGCUGGCCAAGUUCGUGGUGCCGGAAACAAAGCAGGCGAGCGACGAGCUAGAGGCGCUCGACAUCAAGACGAGGAACCAGAGAGUGGCGGAAGAAGAGGUGCCCAAGGGCUGGAGGUUCCCGUCCAUGUUCCGGGGCGAUGGUGUGAGGGGUCACCAGUACCACGUCUUUAAGGAGCCGAGAUAUUUCAAGCCAUAA